UGAGAGUUGAAGGCAGAACCGAGAUUGAGGAAAUUUGGAACUCGCUGACGAAGUGACAACACCUUGCUGACACAUGUUAAGUCGUGUGUGAGUAAAUAGCAACGAAUCACCGGAAAAGUACAAAGGAUUUCGUCGCUGUCACCGUACUGCAAUGUUGACGUUUCGCUUAGUACAUUUUGUUGAUCGUUUCGCUAACAGGAUGGACGGACUUCAUUGAGUCACAGGGAGCAACAUGAAAACUUGUCAGACGACCAGCUUCCAUAACUAGGAAACGGAAUAUGGACCAGGAAGGAAAAGCAACAAAAAACAGCAAUAGGAUAUCUGGCUUCAAUCAUUUGGAAAACCUACCUGUGGCCUUGAUGAAGUACAGAUAGAUGAAUUGACAGUGCUUUGGUUAUUAAGUGGUAUUUGCCUUUCACAUACCAAGUUUGCUAAGGAACUUGUUGCGAGAAUACAGUUUUGGGAAUGAACGAUAACCCUGCCUGCUGGCUGCGGUGCUAACGUUAGCAAGCAGUGCUAGUUUAGUAAAAAGUUAAUAAGUCGUCCCAAAAAUCAUCUUUGCGAAGAGACCAAAUGUAGGUCGGCUUUGGCUCAGUCAUAUUCUACAAUAACAUGCACUUUAUGAAUUAAGUUUCGUAUAAUGCGACACAUUGGUCGUUGGUUAACGUAAGCUAUCAAAGUAAUAACGUUAAACCAAACUGUACUUAAAAUUUGGCCUGGAGUGCUUUCCCAUUCCAGUUCCAAUUGACAUUAGCUAUCGCUACCUUGCUAGAAGUAUCUAGAAGGUUAAGUUUUAAGUUUGCGCUUUGUUGACAGCAAUCGAAUUGUUUCAGCAUUGGGGUUAAAAUGAAAGAAAUUAAGCAUAAUUUGCUUUAGGAUGUUAACUGAAUUGGUAGGAUAUUCUAGAGAGUUGCGCUAAACCAGUGUUGCAUUUUGGUAGCUUGCCAACCACCGGAUAGCCUGCUAGCUAACAUUAGCCUGCUAGAGUGGUCUUGGUGAGGACAGGAUAGUGAUUCAUUCAUUGCACUAGUUUCUUAUUUAUAUGCUAACAUCUUAUUUGCUAUUAUUAGACAUCAUUUAACUGUUACCUCUCAAUGGUAAUUUGCAAGACUCGACGUUGUUCUGAUCUAGAUGAGCAAGAACAAACUGCAUGCGUUUGCUAAUAGUUAGCCUACUUGUUUACGAAAUCUCGUUAGAAAAGUGUCAGGGCCAUUAGCGAUGGCACGGAUUGAGAAUGGUCGGCAGCAGUUGGACGCCGUGAGCAUUCACACUGUUGGAAGUCAGUUUGAUGAAGAAAGUUCUUUUGGUUCUGACUCCGAGAUCAACGGCUUCGUCUCAGACCGACACACGGAUAAAUAUGGAUUCAUUGGAGGCGCCCAAAAAUACUCUACCGAAAACGCCCAGGACGUGCCCCCGGAGGUGCUGAGGCAGAGGGAGGUGAAGUGGCUGGACAUGCUCAACCACUGGGACCGCUGGCUCUUCAAGAGGCACAAGAAGGUGAGGUUGCGCUGUCAGAAGGGCAUCCCCCCCUCGUUGCGUGGCAGGGCGUGGCUCUACCUGUCGGGUGGCAAAGUGAAGAAAGAGCAGAACAAGGGCAAGUUCAAGGAGCUUGACAGCAUGCAGGGAGACCCCAAGUGGAUGGACGUCAUUGAGAGAGACUUGCACCGGCAGUUCCCCUUCCACGAGAUGUUCGUUUCACGAGGAGGUCAUGGGCAGCAGGAUCUGCUGCGUGUGUUGAAGGCCUACACGCUGUAUCGUCCAGACGAGGGCUACUGCCAGGCUCAGGCUCCCAUCGCUGCAGUGCUGCUGAUGCACAUGCCAGCAGAGGAGGCUUUCUGGUGCCUGGUCCAGAUCUGUGAGCGGUACCUGCCAGGUUACUACAGCGCUGGACUGGAGGCCAUCCAGCUGGAUGGGGAGAUCCUGUAUGCGCUGCUGAAGCGAGUGUGUCCAGUGGCUUACCGGCACCUGGACAAGCACAAGAUCGAGCCGAUCCUCUACAUGACAGAGUGGUUCAUGUGCGCCUUCUCCCGCACACUGCCCUGGGCCUCCGUGCUGCGCGUCUGGGACAUGUUCCUGUGUGAUGGAGUGAAGAUCAUCUUCCGUGUUGGGCUGGUGCUGCUGCGCAGUAUGCUGGGGACCAAGGACAAGCUGAAGGCCUCUCAGGGCCAAUACGAGACCAUGGAGCUGCUGAGAGCCAUCGAGCCUCGCUACAUGCAGGAGGGAUACCUGGUGCACCAGGUGUUGGAGUGUCCGGUGUCGGUGCGGGACGUGGAGCGGGAGCAUCACGUGCAGCUGAAGCGCUGGCGUAAGAAGCACGGCGAGCUGAGCUACAAGUCGGCUCCCAGGAUGCACGGCGCUCUGGCCGUCAUGGCCGCUGAGCCGCACAGCCGGCAGGACCUCUACCAGAACCCCACCAUCGUGGUGCAGUCUCCGCUGGACCCCUCGGCCGGCACGCCCACGCUCACACGCGCCGCCAAGAAGAGGGCCACCCUCCGCAAGAGCCCCAAGCCCAUCCCCGACGUCCCCAACCCCUACGCGCUGCCCUCCGACCCCCGGCUGACCCCUGCGCCGCCCCCCCCCUCCAGAAGCCAGGACGCAGCCCGAGGGAGCGGCUGA